UCCCAGGUACUCAGGGCCGGGAUGCUCUGGCUUGGUGACACCGCUGGCCUGCUGCCUUACAUGGGCAUUCCUCUGAACUGACUGAGACGGCUGGAAUUUCAGAGUGUGACGUCACAGCCUACAACUCUCCCAGAAAUUGGAUCAAGAAGUUUCACUUUUUUGGUGGGAUUUGAACCUCUGUUAUAUUUCCUAGAAAGCGAGAUUUCAACAUAGUAAAGGGCAUCGCUUCAACAAUCUUCCAGAAAUCCCAUACAUCCUGAGAGGAGAAAAGGUGUUUGAUCCUGUAGUCCCCACCAUCACUUAGUGUUAAAAUUUGGAACCAUGUGGAACCCAGUGAACAGUAACGACCAGACGGGACAAGUGGCUGCCAGGAUGGAGACUACUCCGUCUUUGGGGAGUGCAAGCAUCUCCAUUUCCCAGCAGCAGGCACCCAAGAAAUUUGCCCCUGUGGUCGCACCCAAGCCCAAGUUCAACCCUUACAAACAGAUGGGAGAACCCACCGACACUGCAGCGGACUACCUUCCCCCUCCACCACCUGCCGAAGAGUCAACCGGUUUCCCAUCAUCCCCUGGUUCCUUCCCUCCUCCUCUGCUGAUGAACUCAUACGAUUAUCAGACGAAAGGACCAGAGAAGACCCUGGAGGAGAGGCGCUCCAGUCUGGAUGCUGAGAUCGACUCCCUCACCAGCAUCCUGGCAGACCUGGAGAGCAGCUCGCCCUACAAGCCACGAGGCACACAAAACUCUGGAUCCUUGGCAGCCUCCACCCCCAACGCUCCAGUGACUGGUUACAAGCGUAUGGUCAUUCCAACCCAGCCACCUCUGACUGCCACCAAGAAGUCCACGCCCAAACCUCAGGCUCCUGGGGGAGUCUCGCCUAUCUCCCCUUCCUCUGUCAGCCCGGUGGCCAAGCCUCUAAGCCACACAGCUCCUCAGCCAGUCCCAGCCUCCUACGCUACAGCCUCAACCCCAAGCCAGCCAACCUUCAAUGUCCAGGUGAGGUCGGCCCAGCCUGGCCCCCAGCAUCAAGCCCCAGGUGGGCACCAUUUUGGCCAGCAGCCCAUUCGUAGCCCUGCACAGGUGCAUUAUAUGCCUGCCCAGCCCAAAGGUCCUGACUUUGCCUAUGGACCACCACAGCCUGGCUUCUCCCCGAUGGCUCAGGGUGCAUAUCAAGAACAUCACCAUACAGGAGUGCCCCAAGUAGGUGGCUUAAGCUCCAGGAGACCUGAGCCGGCCCCCGCCCAAGCCUACCAACCUCCAGGCCCCAAGAAGACCUACAUCACAGAUGUACCACCAAGCUUGGCUCCCUACACUUCUGGACCAGCUGUUCCACCAAAGGGCAUUGCUCCCAUCGCCCACCCUGAAGACGAGCUGGAGCGCCUGACCAAGAAGAUGCUGUUUGACAUGGACAACCCACCAUCUGAGGAAUAUUUUGGGCGCUGUGCCAGCUGUGGAGAGAACGUAGUGGGUGAAGGCACCGGCUGUACUGCCAUGGACCAGGUCUUCCAUGUCGACUGCUUUGUCUGCAUGACCUGCAGCACCAAGCUGCGUGGCAAGCCUUUCUUCGCUGUGGAGAAGAAGGCAUACUGUGAGCCUUGCUAUAUUAACACCCUUGAGACCUGCAACAUCUGCAGUAAGCCCAUCAUGGAGCGCAUCCUGCGGGCUACAGGAAAAGCCUACCACCCUCACUGCUUCACCUGCGUGGUGUGCCACCGCAGCCUGGACGGCAUCCCUUUCACCGUGGACGCUUCCAACCACAUCCAUUGCAUCGAGGACUUUCACAAGAAGUUUGCUCCACGCUGCUGUGUGUGUUCUGAGCCUAUAAUGCCAGCACCGGGCCAGGAGGAGACCGUCCGUAUUGUGGCCCUGGACCGUGACUUCCACGUGCAGUGUUACCGCUGUGAGGACUGUGGCUCUCUGCUCUCAGAGGGGGAUAACCAGGGCUGCUACCCUCUGGACGGACACGUCCUCUGCAAAAACUGUAACACCAGCCGCAUCCAGGCCCUCACCGCCAAGGCCACCACUGACCUCUGAACAACCCGCCGACCGGUCACCUCCACUGUGAUAACCCAACGCUCACUCUCUCUCUUUGUGUCUACCCAUCUCUCUUUCUUUCUCUCGCAAACAUAUCGAUCCACAGAAGCUUGCAUUCCUCAGCAUAUACACAUACAGUAUAUCCCUCUAUAUAUAUUCACUUUCAGUAACAAGAAAUAGAAACACGUGUUCACCUGCAUACAUGUAUCUAUUAACUCGGUACAAUCACAGCAGAAGAGGCUGUGUGUUUUUUAACUGUGUUGUUGUUAAAGGAAUAGUUUGGGAAACAUUUUGGGAAAUACGCUUAUAAACUAGCUUAGCUUAGAAUAGCAUAAAAACUGGAAAGGCUCUGUCCAAAGUUGAAAAAAUUCCACCAAACUGUAUCCUUAAAGCUCACAUUAGCAAGUUGUGUCUCAAUGUGCUAUGGAGGUUAUGGGCUGCUUCUGGCCACAUAACCCUCCAUAAAGCAGCAACUUGUCAUUUGUAGACUUAUGUUUUUGUAGGGAUGAAAAAAACGAGAUAUAACAUGUUACUCUGUGAGCCUUAGAGGUGCUGGUAGGUGGAUUUUGUUACCUUUAGCCAGAGCCACACAAGCUGUUUCCCCCUGUUUCCAGUCUUUAUGCUAAGCUAAGCUUAUGAUGUAGCCUUAUAUUGACCGUACACAUAAACAACACAAAAGUGGCAUCAAUCUUCUCAUCUUGCUCGAGACAAGAAAGGAAAUAAGCAUAUUUCACAAAAUUCCAAACUAUUGCUGAGAAAAUCACUUCAAAUCCAUUACGUAAACAGUUACAAUAUACAUCGUCACUCAGUGUUAUUAUCUCAUAUCAUAAAUGGGCAUAUUCUAGCCAGAGUGCACAUGCAUGCAUGGCCAAAUAUUUCUCACUGACUGGUUCUUAUGAUCUAAAAUGACUCCACCAAAACAUACAAAAUGUUUGACACAUCUGCCCUGCAGAUGAAGCCAUCGUGGAUGGAUGUGUGUGAGACUCUAGCUUUAGCAGUAUUUAGAAAUGUUAUGUCGGUUAGAACAUUGAUUUUAUUCUUUAGUGUUUAUUACAGUGCAAAUCCACAGACGGUACACAAAUAGGGAUAAAAUUACACACUGAAGCUCAUUAUUGCAAAACAGUUAUGUAUAACUGAACACCAAAGAAUUUAAUUUAAACUGCCAUGUUUACUGUGUACUUAUUUUGAAUGCAACUAUAUUAAACAUUACAAACAUUAUAGUGAUUGGGACCACAGGAAUUGCAAAUAGUAAUUAGUGGUGUCAAACACAAAAUCCUCAAUAGGCAGCUGUUGAAUGCAAUUCCUCUUUAAACAUACUAUUUUCUUUGUACUUUCCAAUCAAAUUUGCUUUUAUGUAUACAAUAGAUUAUUUUCUGUUGGCCUGAAAAGUACAAUCAUGGCAUUCCAUUCAUAGAUAAGGCCUUAUAUUUGAGUUUAAUUAUAUAGUUUUUGAGCAGAUAAAUAUGUAACUUUUUCUCUUAUUUACAAUUACAUAGAUUAUUUACAAUUACAUAGAUUAGAUUAGUGAUUGUAGUGUAAGCAGUCAGGUAGAGAUAACGGAUUUGAGAUGGCUAUGCAAUUUUUAAUGCUAAUUGCAUCGACACUUUAUAAGAAAUUUUAUGAAUAAGGAAAUAUUUUACCUGUACAGAUUCAAGCAUAAGUGUCCUUAUAGUACUCCUUUAAUCAAAAAUAUGGUAUUGGUACUGUGUGACUUUGUGUGUCACUGUGCUGUAUGUCAGUAAUGAUUGUACCAUUGACACUUGUCUUUUAUAUUUAGUGUUCGUUUAAAGUUGAUGGGCGAAGAAGGGACCAUGAGAGUUUCCCGAAAAUGACUGAUUUUAUUAUUUGUUCCAUCCAAGAGUCAUUGACGGUAGUUUGACUGUUUGAUUUGAUAGUUACUUCAAUAUAAUUACUAGAGCACCACGAGUUGUAAGACGUUUGAUGAUGUUGAAUUAAAGGUACCCUGUGGAGUUUUUGACCAUUAGUAGCACUGAGGAGCAAUGUUUUUAUGAGUGAGACCCCAUUUUUUUAGAAUCUUGCACGUGCACAUGGACCCAUAUGCAGAGACGGGGCCAAAGAGGUUGUCACAGACACAGGCCCCUCCCAUGAAAUCUGAUCGGCCACCCCAAAAGCUGUGAAGAAGAGGAGUACAAGCUAGCAAAUAUGGAUGUAAACAAUGCACAGUUUUAAGUAUACAAACAAUCGGCUUUGCUAAUGAAUUUAAAUGAAUUCAACACGAUUUAUUUUGGUGAGAAACAUUGAAAGUAAACAUAAGUUUACAAGAAAACUCCACAGGGUACCUUUAAACAACAAAGACAAUGUAAUUAAUAAGUACUGGUUUGCCUAUUUAUUAGUUGGAUUGGUUUACAGUCAUCCACAUAAUGUAAGACAUAGUAUUCCCAAGCCCCGAUUACAGAUGUCUUGUGCAUGUGGAUGGAUAUAUUAUGAACAAAGCAAUUCAUUAUAAUUUUCAGAGAAUUCUCUUUACUUUCCUUUGCUGUUUUCUUCACACAUUAGGAAGUGGUGUUUAGUGCCAUUUGGAUCUCAGAAAGUGAUUAUACAAACAAAACCUGUUACUGUGUCUACUGUAAUCAGUAAGUCUGGUUACAUCAGAGUCUUUGUGAUCAAGUUGACUGUGGCAAUGUUUAAACCAGAGUAACACAUUGUAAAUAACUGUGCUAAUAAGCCCAUUAAUAAAUUAACAGUGACUAGUAAUUUGAUAUUCAUCAGACCUUUGCUAGGACACAAUUUCUACAUAAAAAGAGAGAAAACUGUUGACCAUUUAAAAUCUAAAGGAGUAUUUAUCAUUCCCUACAAACACAGUAAAAGCUCUACACCGCUGGGACUCUAAAAGGUUAGGCAACCUAAACUGUCCUCAUCAGUCACAUCUCAAGCAUCUUUUAUUACAUAUUAUCAGUUAUUCAAAAUAGAUGACUAAAAAUAGAUCAGGCUGGAGGAGAAAAAAACAUUUCAUUCUGUGCAUCUCUCUAGUUACAGAAGACAUUUAUUCUCCUUGUGUCAUCUCUACUACUUUGAGAAAAUACAUACAGUACACCAGCUACAUGAGACCCAUACUUAGAUCCAUCACUUUGACAAUUUGACACUCGACUCAGUGAGUCAUCUGAUUACCGCUGGUUGUUAGGCAACAGAGGACAAAACAAUACACACACUAUACUGUAUGUCAUUAAGUCACAUGUUGCUAGGGCUUUCUGACCUGCUUCGAUAAUUACACAGCAGAAUCUCACAUCUCGGGAUGAAAACACAAAUAAAGAUUUCAAAGUGACUAAACAGGCAGAGACUAAAAAACCUACAGUCUACUGUUUAAAAACAGUAUCAGAACAAAACUAGUACAGGGAUGCUCAUUUAAAAUUCUAAUUCAGGUACUUUUCAUAGCCAAUUGUCUCUACAAACAAUACUAGCUAACUAGCCUGGAAGUUACUGAGUGGACCUUUGUGCUUUGGUUUUCUUCAAUAGUCUUCAAGUUUUCUAAAACAAAAUUGUAUCCAUUAUUCAGAUCCGCCUCGGGUUCUUACUCUACAGGAAAACAUGUUAUUGCUGUACUGUAGCAAUAUGUUGGAGGCACAUUUGCUGUGCUUUCAGGCAUGGCCAUUGCACAGUUGAAUCACUCUAGUGCUGUGUUAAACUACAUUAGUGACAUUGUGAGGAAGCAUACAGUAAUUGUGAGCUACAAACAUCUACAUAAAAAUGUAGUUCACAACAUUGCAGAUUAGCCAUCAGGUAGAAUUGUUGUUUAAAGCACAUGUUGACACGUUGUGCAUGUAUGAGAAGAUAUGCCAAUGUUAUAUACCAGAAUAAGAGCUGUUGUUAGUUUGGUGAAGGGAAUUUUUCGCAGUUGAUAUAAAAGAACAUUGCUGUGUUAUAACUAACCAUUUUUACCAAUACACCGGAUGUGUAAUUUAAAGCUGCACAUAUCAAUAUUUAUUUAUAUUAGCAAUGGAUCAAAUGACUAUGCGUAAUGUAAAUGGAGUCGCUCAUAGUGACGAACCCACAGAAACUGAUCACCUAACUCUGCAGCUUCCCUCACAGAACGUUUUAGCGUCUUUCAGCUCAUUGUUUUGGUUUGGUCUGCCCGCAACUUUAUUAUUUUGGUUCACUCUCAUCAACCUUGUUUCUUGUCGUAACAAGCAGCUGUUUUCAGUGAAAAAGUCCUGGUAACCCCACUGUAUGCUACCUGCUUUUCACCAAAUGGCAGAUAGACAAAGUUAGCGGCUAGGUGGUGAACGUAGUGGAGCAUUCGGCAAAGCAAGAGCCAGAUAUUUCCCUCAGGAGUUGUGGAAACCAAAACAGAGCUAACUUGUUCCACAUGUUUUACACAGAAAAUAAGUUAACAAGUGCCAAAUUAUAACCUGCAAACUGCUCAGUAAACUAUAAAAACAUUAUACUAAUACUGAUUAAUGUCUUUUUCUGGUUUUAAAUUUUUUUUAAUUAAAUGUUUCAAAAUAUUUUAUUAUUGGCUUAUUAGCACACGGUUUCUACAAAGUAUAACCCGGUCUGGUCCAUGAGCAUGAGUCCAUGAGUUAAACCUCUGCUGUAGGUUGUUGAUGUGCCAUAAAAAAGCUGUAUUAAGCCCUCCUGUUUACGGUAUUUGUGUGGACAGUCUGUGGACACAUCACACGUCUUUGUGGGAACAAAUCUGACACGAACCUUUUCAAAAAGUUUGAUGCUACAAGUAUAAAGAAAAGACCGUAUAAUGAUUUUUUUUCUUUGUUCUGUGUAUUUGUGUUGUCUGCUGUCUUUGUUCUACCCAUGUUGCCUUCGGCUGUGCAGUAUUGAAUCACUAUACUGUUGCUGUGUAUUUCAUAGUUUGCCGUGCCUCACUCAAAGAUUUUGCCAUGUUUACUUGUCUUUACCAAAGUAAAUAAAGAGGAUCCCUUUUCUGUGGGCCAACUCUGAAUCCAUACAAUAGGUGUUUCCAUCAGGCAUGGUGCUUAAGGCUGCAGCAGCAGUAUUAAAUGAUGUAGAGUGUGAAAGUCGUCUUAAAGAGCUUGACCCUCUGUUGUUAAAGUAAAGCAUCUGAUCUGUUCUUGAUCUUUGGAAGGGGCAUGUAGUCAAAUGUUGUUUUUCUUUCUACAAUAAAAGCUUUGCAAUAGCA